CAUACAAGUUGUUUCGAGUAUUGCCAAGUAACAAUGAGUUAUUUUGAUCUAGAUAUGAGCUUGCUGUUCGUCAAUUACAAUAUGACAUUUUGAUUCCAACUGACGACGCAUACCAUGAGUUAUGCAUUAAAUUGUCCAUAUUUGUAUGUAAAAGUUUGUUGUAAUGUUACGUUGUCCAUGUUUGAAGCAGAAACGAAUCGCGGAAACGAAGCCUAAUCUCAAUUAUGAACACCUGAUAUCUUGUACUGUUGUAAUGUGCGUAUCCAAAUUAUUACACUUAAAAAAAAUAAACUAAUAGGCUUUUUUCUCGACCAGCACUGAAAGCAAAUUGUAACAGCCAAACUCACGACUCCGCAUGUGUUACGCGUCUUGCAUGCUAAAUGAGCACCGCUGACAUUGAUGAUUGAUGUGGGUGACGCCAAAUUUAUCGUACAUUGUCCAAAAGUUGCAAUAACUAUUGAGUAACAAUUCUUGUGUAAUUAAAUUUAUAUGAAAUUCAAUCGAAGAAAUUCACUUCAGUUUAGUUUUAAAUUUUUAAGUGAGCGAGACAGUGCAGUUCAGGCACAGGAUUCGACUUUAAUAUCGUUUUUAAAAUGUACAAAUUAUAUAUAAAAUUAGUGGCAUUAGUGUGUCUUGUGUCUUCAUUCCACCACGCGAAUGCAUUGCUGCACGACAUCUUCGAAGUGGUUGAUUUGUCCAAUUUGGAUUUGGCGAAUUAUGAAUUUUUUAAAAAUUUACCGUCACAAAAUCCAAAAACAGCAGCUCAAGCAAAUCUGUUUAUUGAACAUUUUCAAAAGAAAAAAGCAGUUUUAGAUUAUUUAGAUAAUCUUUUCUUUGGUAAUUCUCCGUUUGCGAGAGAAACCGAAAUAGUAUUUAAUCCGCACUUUGGACGUGCGUGGCGUCCUUACUUCGAACGAAAAUAUGGCAAAAGAGGCGAGAGAUUGAUUGCGGUCUUAGGACGCGGACAUACACUGCAGCAAUUACGAACUUAUGGUGCAAUACCUAAGGAAUUCGGACGAAUUUAUUAUCCCAGUUAAUAGUUAAAAGUGCUAAUUGUUUUACAAUAAA